AUGUGCUCCAGCCGCAAGAUUCUGUGGAGCCUGCUCCUGCUGUCCGUGGUGGAGGUGGGCCUGGGUGUGGCGAGCAUCGUCCUGGGAGCUGUGGGCAUUAGCUGGGUCCGGGGUGAUCGUAAACCGCAGCAGGGAGACGCUUCUCCCGUCUGGAGUGGACUCUGUUUUCUGGUCUGUGGGAUGUGUGGAGUGCUGUGUGCUCGAAAAAGGACAGGCCUUAUUAUGAUCCUCUUUUCAGCAUGCUGCAUCUGUGGCCUCAUUGGUGGGAUCUUAAACGUCCAGUUUGUUCGGGCACUGAACAAACGGCCAGACAAGAUGCAAUCAAUCCACCUGGCUGCAAUGACUCUGGCCUGUCUAGGGAUCUCGUCCUGUACAUUAUCCACGUGGCUAACCUGUCGCCUGGCAAGCUCUGAGCAGCAGAGGAUGUUCUUGGAGAGGGAACACUCACUGCAUCAUUCCCAUGAGAUGACUGAGAAGGAGGUCCUGGACAACUCCAGUAAUGGUAUUCCUCAGAUCUCCUACAAUGGACACACCGCGGCAUCUCCUUGAUGAAGUCUCACCAGAAGGUGACUUGCAC